GACUUAGGAGUACAUAUAUACCUCCAAUUUUGAGGCUAGCUACAACGCUGGAGAUAUUAGCAGGUGGCGGUUACCAGUGGCAAACUGGCGGCGCACACACAGCAGCAAUGGGGCAUAGUACUCUGUCGAAGAUAUUUCGCAGCACAUUAUCGUCGAUGGAAGAAACUCUAUGCAACCAAUGGAUAUCUUUCGAAAAAAAACUUCCAGCCGUGCAAAGAGUGGUUCCACAGUACGGAGGGGCUGCGCACGAUUCCUUUGUUUGGAAAGCCUCAAAUGAGAGGAAGGUAAUAGAGCCGCGUUAUAAUAAUGGAGAUACAAGUUCGUGGCUAUUAGGGGAUUCUGGAUACCCUCUUGAGCCAUGGCUUAUGACCCCGUAUCGAUUACGCGAAAAUAAGACCGACGUAGGCAAAUGUAUUUUCAACGACAUUCACAGUAAGGCUAGAAUCAUUGUCGAAAGAGGCAUUGGCGUAUACAAAGGUUCCUGUAUUAAAGGUAAAUAUACUAAUAUUAAUUGCAUUGUUCACUUUAGGCCGCUGGAGAAUAUUAUCGGACGAUAGAAAGCCAAGGUACAACCCAACAUUGGUUGCAAAAAUUGCAAACGUGUGCGCCGCUCUUCACAAUGUAUGCAUCAAUAGAAAUAUUCCAUAUCAAUUCAGCA